GAUUCAUACGGAAAUGGCUCAUGUCGGCAAAGUAGGCAUUUCCAGAUUAGCAUCGGUUUCUCUUCCAUGUAGUUCACCAUGAAUCCGCUCACGAAGGUGAAGUUGAUCAACAAGCUGAACGAGCGGGAGGCCGACCUCGGGGUGAACGAGACUGUUUCCUGGCACACUGAGUACAAAGACAGCGCCUGGAUCUUUGUUGGAGGAUUUCCAUACGAGCUGACUGAAGGCGACAUCAUCUGUGUCUUCUCUCAGUACGGAGAGGUCGUCAACAUCAACCUGGUGCGCGACAAGAAAACGGGGAAGUCCAAAGGUUUCUGCUUCAUCUGCUACGAGGACCAGAGGAGCACCAUCCUGGCUGUGGACAACUUCAACGGCAUCAAGAUUAAAGGUCGGACCAUCCGCGUGGACCACGUUAAAGACUACCGUCCCCCCAAAGACUCCGAGGACAUCGACGAUGUGACCAAAAGUCUGAGGGAGGAGGGCUGCGCUCCCAAAGUUGCCGAGUCCUCCUCCUCUUCCUCAGAGGAAGAUGAGCAGUACAGCGUGCCUGUGAAAAAGCCUAAGAAAGACAAGAAAGAGAAGAAGAAGAAGAAGAAAGAGAAGAAGGAGAAGAAGAAGGCAGAGAAGGAGAAAGAGAGGGGGACCCGGGCACCUUCCUCUUCCUCACCCCCUCCUCCUCCUGCCAUCAGAGUCAAAGAGGAGAAGGAGGACACCGCCUACGACAAGUACAAUCAGAGGGGGGCGCCACCAGGAGGACAAGAGAACAGGCAGAGAGCGAGGGACAACGAGAGACUCCGGGGGGAGGAGGUGGAGAGGAGGAGGGAUGAAGACAGGAGGAGAGACCAUGAGAGGGAGAACAACAGAGACAGAGAGGACAGGGAGAGAGACAGGAGAAGAGAGACAGAUCGGGACAGAGACAGUGAUAGAAGAAGAGAGACAGAUCGGGACAGAGACAGCGAUAGAAGAAGAGAGGCAGAUCGGGACAGAGACAGCGAUAGAAGAAGAGAGACAGAUCGGGACAGAGACAAUGAUAGAAGGAGAGAGACGGACAGAGACUAUGAUAGAAGAAGAGAGACGGACAGAGACUAUGAUAAAAGGAGAGAGACUGACAGAGACUAUGAUAGAAGGAGAGAGACAGACCGGGACAGAGACAACAGAAGAAAAUAGAGACACAGAUCCGUUGGGACGUCUCAGUCUCCUUCAGUCCAGAGUAAAAUGUGUGAAAUGUGUUUGAACUGUUUGAUUUAAUUUUGUAAUAAAACAGAGACAUCACUGUC